AUGGGAAAGCCUUCUGAUCAGGCUAUUACUGAGUUUUUAUUUGAUAUACCCAAUUUCAGCAUUGGCUAUCAUAGUAAUAAAUUCUGACUAACUAUAGUAGAACGAAUAUUUUUAGAAACUGAAUUCUUCCUUUGCAAUAUUAGCUGCUUUAUAAUUUUUAGAAAUUUAUCAGAUAAAAACAAUUAUGAAUUUAUUUUAGCAGCUUUCUGAAGAUACGCUUUAAAUUAUGGGCUUUUCUUCUAUUUUUUGCUGACAUUAAAACAAAAACACUAUUUAUUAAGACAACUAAGCUCAGUUUACAAUGGCCACUCUAUUAGAGCUCACCUUUCCAGUGCUGCUUAA